CCCUAGCAAUGGCGUUUCUCUUGCGCAUUCGAACAUCGGAAUCUCUCGUCCAGAACGUGAUUCAAUUCCGAUUCGUAUCCACCAAUUUAUCUAUCCACACACCGAACUCCAAGACCUCGCUCACUAGCAAGCAGAAGAAGAGCCGGGCUAUUCUCUCCCUUCUCAAAACCGAGAAUAAUCCGGAUCGAAUCCUCGAAAUCUGCAGAUCCGCUUCUCUAACCCCUGAUUACCACGUCGACCGCGUCGCCUUCUCCGUCGCGGUCGUGACACUGGCGAGCGAGAAACACUUCGUCGCUGUUUCGCAGCUUCUCGACGGUUUCAUCCAGAACCAACCAUAUCCCAAAUCCGAGAGUUUCGCUGCUCGCGCCAUUAUUCUAUACGGCCGAGCAAAUAUGCUCGAUCGAUCUUUACAGACAUUUCGUGACCUCGAGCAAUACGAGAUCCCAAGGACGGUGAAGUCUCUGAAUGCUCUUCUUUACGCUUGCUUGAUGGCGAAGGAUUACAAUGAAGCGAGACGGGUCUACUUCGAAAUGCCGAAGAUCUAUGGCAUCGAACCUGAUCUCGAAACUUACAAUCUAAUGAUAAAAGUGUUGUGUGAAUCCGGUUCAACGAGCUCCUCAUACUCCAUUGUUGCAGAGAUGGAGAGGAAAUUGGUAAAGCCUACAGCUUCUAGCUUCGGGCUAAUGAUUGCUGGUUUUUACAAGGAGGACAAGUAUGAUGAUGUGAGGAAAGUGUUGAGAGUAAUGAGAGAACUUGGAGUUCAUGUAGGUGUUGCUACAUACAACAUCAUGAUUCAUUGUUUGUGUAAAAGGAAGAAAUCUGCAGAAGCAAAGGCCUUGCUUGAUGGGGUUGUGUCUAGUAGGAUGAGACCGAAUUCUGUGACGUAUUCGCAUUUGAUUCAUGGGUUUUGCAGCGAGGGGAAUUUGGAUGAGGCGAUGAGUUUGUUCGAGGUCAUGGUGAGGAGUGGAUACAAGCCUGACAGUGAAUGUUACUUCACUCUGAUACAUUGCUUGUGCAAAGGAGGAGACUUUGAGACGGCUUUGAUCCUUUGUCGGGAGAGUAUGGAGAAGAACUGGGUUCCGAGUUUCAGUGUCAUGAAGUGGCUUGUUAGUGGACUAGCAAGUGUUUCGAAGGUUGAAGAAUCAAAGGAGCUCAUUGCGCAAGUGAAACAGAAGUUUACUAGAAAUGCUGACUUGUGGAAUGAAGUUGAAGCUGCAUUGCCUCUGUGAAACAUGUGGUGGUGAUUAUCAGUUUUCUCACUGAAAACUUUUGAACAUGUUGUAUAUAAAUGUCUUAUAACAUUUUUUUUCGAGUUGUUCAGUUUUGAUCUGAAAUAGUAUUGAUG